GGCUGAUUCUGAUCGCCUUGGAGACGUUUGAAAGAACUCAGAGAUGAACACAACUGAGAAGUUUUACCUUCCCGUUGAUGGCAUCUUGGAAAUGUUCAACUCUCUCGCCGGGCAUCAGCAGCCGAGCUUUACGCACGAGCAGCAGCACCCCAACAUACCCAAGACAGGCAUGGGGAUUAUCAAAACCGUCAAACGGUGCUGGAAGCAACAAGAUAAGAAAGUGGUGGAAAGCAGAUCGUCGAGCUCCGGCAACAGGCAGCAAUCGACGGAUCGCCUGUCGAAGAGGUCCGUGGACCACCUGGAGCUGGGUCUGACCAAGCCCAGGAACUGCCACAGAAUAGUCGUGCUCGGCGCUCCCAGAGUGGGUAAAACCAACAUCCUGCGGCGGUUCUUGGGUAAAGAAUUUGAAGAAGACUACGAGCCCACGACGGAGGACUUCCACCGGAAACUGUUCCACGUCGGAGGAGAGACGUUCCAGAUAGACCUGCUGGACGCGGCAAGUGAGAGAGACUUCCCUGCAAAGCGGAGGCUAACCAUCCUGACAGGUGAUAUUUUUCUGCUCGUCUUCAGUUUGGAUGACAAGGAGUCACUGGAUGAAGUCCGCGAAAUACUCAACGAAAUCAAAGCCGCAAAGGCAAAGUUGCACAAACUGAAACAGCCAGCGGGAGUUCCCGUCGUGAUAUGCGGGAAUAAAGCGGACCUGGCCCCUCAGCGGGAGGUGGGACUCUCCGAACCGGGCCGGAUCCUCGGCGAGGCGCUCCCGGUCUUCGAAACCUCCGCGAAAACCGGCUCCGGGCUGGAGGCUCUGUUCAGAGCCGUGGCCUCUCUGGGGGGGCUCCCCGACGAGACCAGCCCGUCGCGGCACCAGACCGUCCCCAUCCUCACCUACCAGUCGCUGUGCGUCGAGCGGCGCGGCCGGAGGAGCGGGCGCGCGCCCUGCUGCGCCGCCGUGGACCCGCUGGCGCGCCGGCCCAGCUUCAACAGCGACCUGCGGAUGGUGCUUGGAUCAAGCACCAAACCAGCAAAACCCGAGAAGUGUCAGAUUCAAUGAAUCGUGACACUUCCCGACGAAACAAAUUGUAGUAGUAUGCUGCAAUAUGAUACAAGUAAAGAGUUAUACUCUGCAGCACCU